AUGGCUUCCACAGGGAGUGAAUCGGAUAGGAUUGAUGAGGAAAAUGAUCGUUUGAUUACGGAGCGGAUGAUACGGGAGGGAGAGAGCCAAUGGAGCCCCGAUCAACCAGGACCGACCUGGCUUACCGAGAGUAAGGGGCACCGUCUCAGUGCUACCGAUAUUGAAUACGUUGAGGAUCUACCAGAGUACCCGCAGACUAGUGAGGGUGGAUAUGCCUAUGUUAUCCCUGUCGGGGAACGCACAGCCGAGCAGGUUCAUGCAUUGAUCUUGACAACUGUACAGUACUCGUACCGUCAAGUCUACGCUAAUAAAGCCUGCAAGAAUGAUAGUUUUCGUGGUACUGACUACACACACUCACGAUAUACCUGCUCUGGUGCAUUUGUGUGUCAAUAUAGCGACCCAAUUAUUAGGUCAAUGUCGCACACAGCAGUUGACGAGGGUCUUUGGUCGACUAUUCAGGGUAUUCGGCAAAAUAUGCCCUUCAUAGAAGAUGAUCAAGUUCGCAGAGAGACAUAUACAUAUUUCUCUAGCACGCACACCCUUUUCCAGCGCGGUACUAGCUGUCAGGCUGCUUUACCUUCUUGUUUCCCAGUCCUUACGCAGAGCGCUGAUAGAACUCCGCUUGGUGGUUAUACCUACGCAGUAACAUGCGUAAACGAGCUUCAGCUUCCUGGCUAUCACUAUCGCUCAAACACAAUUGCUAGGGACGGGAGUAUUGACAUUAAGUUUCUGGGUAGCUUAUUGACUGGAGAGAUUCCUAGUCUUGUGGAGUCAUGCUGUGCGGUUGAAGGGACACUGAAACGUACUCCAAGAUGCGGAUACUCCCAUAUCCAAGGCCCUGGGCAAUGGGAGCGCUUAGGUUGUAAGGUUAGAUUCGACUGGCUUAUUCCCCAGGACCUUCAGAAAUGCCCGUUCUUCGUCUUUAUAUCCACUGGCCGCCAUCUCCACCCUCCAGUACCCCCGAAGCGGAGCCCUUCAGCUAUUGUCGAGGGUCUAAAGAGGUUGAUUACAAGGAUAAACAGACCAGAUCUUACAACAGGCAAAUUUCUCGCGAGCCCAGAGCUACAGAGAUUCUGUGAACAGCACCAGCAUCAUACGCUUACGGAACUUCAUGUUAGCUUCGUGAAUACAGAUCGACUUGGGGCUAUUAUUCGAAAGCAUCGCCUUCUAUCAUUUCCACAAGGCCAGAGUCUCAACGGGGUUCUGUUUGAACGUGAUAGGAAUUCGGAGAUGAGGGAUUAUACACGCGAAAUCUUUAACGAUCCUGAGGGUCCCAUGAUUAUCUGUCUAUUUACUGGACAAGCCCACCUCUUAACGAAGGCUUCAUCCUAUGAGGUUGAUAUGUCCUAUAGGCGCGUGAAAGAUAAGGAUAUAAAGGAGGUCGUUUUUGCAUCUUUCUUUCCUUCAAUUGGACGUAUCCGAACCCUCUGUCGCGUGUUUACAACACAAGAUACAAGGCUAGGCUACUACCGCUUAUUCAAGCGUGUAUAUACACUUCUCGAGCGUAUCACUAGGGUUAGGCCGCCAAUGCGUAUUAUCGAUGGAUUUGGACUUGAUAUGGUUGUUGCUGAUAUGUGUGCAAAGCAAUAUUUUGGGUUUGCCGAUUUUCUCCACGACUACGAUCCCGAGCACCGUGAUGGUAUAGUUUUAAUACGUCAGAUAGCUAUCUUCUGCCAUAUUCACUUUACUAGAGGGGUUGACGAUGCUCUGAGGCGUGCUGGUGGUGGUCAACCUGGUGUACGCCAACGAAUGCUGCAACUCCUUUAUGCCGAGGACCGGGAAGGGUAUAACGCAGUUAUCGACUUUUUAGAAGCUACUGAGCCCGCUCUCACUGACUGGGCUAAACAUAAGCGACAUGAGUGGGUUAUGUGUGGCCUAAAUCCAGCCUGUUCCGAUACACCACCUCCGUACUUUGAGGCAAUUCGUAAGAAUACGAAUGCUGUGGAGCAGACUUAUCAUAAAUCAAACGUUCGUGGGAGACAGCUUACGCUACUUGCAGCAAUUCUAAGUUCCCUUAAGCUCGACCGCCAGGACAUCCAGGAGUAUGACGUUCGUCAACGAUGGGCAAUCUCUAGUCGAUAUGCAGAUUCCUCAAGAGAAGCCUAUCUCACACGGCAUCUACAUACUGCGCAGCAGCGCCGUGUUAGCCGGAAUCGGACGCAACUUGAUAAUGAACCCCUUCUAGAUCGGGCUGAAGAGGAAAGACUUCAACUUGAGCUUCAAGACGCUGCACUUCAGAGGAUACGGCGACAGGCGGAAGAAGAGAAGCUACAAGCAGAGCUUAUCGAGGCAAAGGUCCGACGAUAUAAAGCGCAGAAAGAGCUAGAAGAAUUAGAGAAGGAAACUAGACACCCGGUAGAUAUCUGA